CCUAGAAACUGCUUAGACGAGAGCGUAAUAUCGGAGCGCUGCAGUGCUCAUUGUAAGGAUAUUUUUGUCAUCGGUCCAACUAAUAUUUUGAGAGAUAAAGAUGGUUUCUCACUCCCUCACGUUGCCGAUGAUAUGUUUCACUACGUUGUGGGGGUUGGUAGGUUGUGUCGCCCCAUUUUUCGUUCCAAAGGGACCGAAUCGCGGCGUUGUCAUCACGAUGUUGAUACUGACUGCGGUGUGCUGCUACUUAUUCUGGCUGAUAGCUAUUCUGGCUCAGGCGAACCCUCUGUUUGGACCUCAGCUGAAGAACGAAACCAUCUGGUAUCUGCGUUACUUCUGGGAGUGAAUUUCUCAUCAUGGUAAAUCCUAGUCACAUUGCCAGUUUGGGGACCGUCCUCCUCUUUCCCUUGCAUUCCCACAGAUGCUGUUCGGACUUGACCUGCAAUGAGGAAGUUGAACACAAUAAACACGCCUGUUAUUUAUGCAGCCAGAAACAAAAGGCCACCCCUUUACUGGAUUAACUGAAAUUUGAUCUUCUCGGUCCCCAGUCUAGCGGCAUUUCCGUGUCCAUCUUCGGCUACCGAUGUUUCUCCAUUCCAACGCUAGGACCUUACAUUCCUUUACAUAGUGAGAAGUAUUACAGACACGAGCAUUCCAGCUGAGACAUAACAUUCUCUUUACAUUACGGUGGUAUGACAGCACUGGUGUCACAUUGGAGCGAUGUUGCGAGCGUUCUAUGCAGCAGCUGUGGAUAAUCUUGAAUGACUGGGGAGGAGGUGGCAACGAUGAUCUCUAAACAUUAGAAGCAAAUUAACUCCUGGGUAUUUCACUCCAUAAAUGGUACACUCUCAGAUAUCAUAUUGGUCCUCCCGCAUAUCUUUGCUGUUAAAAUGUGCAAUUUCCAGAAACGUGAAGUUUACAGUGUAUGUAUGGUAAAUUUUGACGUUUUGAAGGUGAACGUGUUUAUUUAAUGUUUUAUUUUUUUUAUUCAUUCAUUUAUUUAUUGUACUAAUACACACACAGGGAACUUGUUACAGGCAUCAAUGUGUAAGUGCAAGCAUCAGUGACUCAUUGUAUGUGUAAAUAAAUAUCCAAAGGAAUUGGACCAAGGCCAUUAAAACAAACAGGACUGUUCCAUUUCCCUUGUCUCCGAAUGGGUACGGCAGGACAGCUCUUGUCUUGCUUCC